AUGUCGUGUCAGCACGGCUUCCGGCCGGCAGCAGAGGCCUCUGGCCACCACUGCCGCGCUCUGUCCCCGCGGAGUUGCCUGUUCUGGACGCUGCGGGGCAAUGCGGUGGGCGUAGGUGGCCGUUCCCGCGUGGCACAGGGCGACACCGGCGCGGGCGGCUCCCGCGGAGGCUUGCAGCGCGCCCCCUCGCGGCGCUCCGCAGCGCUGCCGUCCCGCCCCGUGCACCGGGAAGGGCCUGGGGAGCGCGACUCGGGACUCGGGCCACUGUUGGAGGACACGCGCGGCCAUGUCCCCCUGCGGGCAUGUGGCUGUGGGCCCUGCUCCCUGCCCUCGUGGACUCUCUCCAGGGUCACACUUCAUGGGCCAAUAAGCUGGCGAUCGCCAGGCAGGGGCUCCCGUUCUGACCGUCCAGGGGAUGUGGUGUGUGUGGGGGGUAGCUCCUCCAUCUUCCGUUUCCACGAUGUCACAUUAUUCAAUUUUACUUCUGCCCCUGUGGGCUGCCAUCUUCACUGUAGUGUGUCCCUGUGGGGCUACCGGGUGGCCCAGGGCUUUGUUUUUGCCAUCGAGGAGAUCAACAGGAGCGUCCACCUGCUGCCCAACCUGACCCUGGGCUUCUCCAUCCGCAACUCUGGGGACUCGGUGCACGGAGCCCUGUUGGAGACGCUGAGCUUUCUCACCGGGCAGGAGGAGCCCAUCCCCAACUAUGCCUGUGGACUCAGCCUGCCCUGGGUGGCCGUGGUGGGGGAUACGCGGUCAGUCCUGACGCUCUCCAUGGCCAGGCUGCUGGGGCUCUCCAGGUUUCCCCAGGUCAGUUAUUCAUCCACACUGCCCAUCCUCAGCGACAAGACCCAGUUCCCAUCCUUCCUUCGGACCCUGGCCAGUGACCUCACAUCCUCCUAUGCGGUGACCCAGCUGGUGCUCCCCUUUUGAUGGACCUGGGUGGACAUUCUGGCCCAGGAUGAUGACUUUGGGCAGCAGGCCAGCUCUCUGGCUGCCCCGGAACCUAGCCAGGCUGGCGUCUGCAUUGAGGUCCAGCUCUACGUCCCUUCCCAGCAGUCCCUGGAGAAGAUAGCCACCAUUGUCCAGAGGAUGCAAGUAGUUCUGGUUUUCCUGAGCAACUCAAAUUUCCUGCUCAUCUUGCAGGGGCUGCUGGGUCUUCGGGUCUCGGGCCAAGUCUGGAUCAGCAAGGGCACUCUGCACCUGGCCAUGGCCCUCAAUGUGCCGGGUGUCUCCCAGGUCUUGCAGGGCUCCUUCGGCCUCAUGUUUCACAGCAGCCGGGUGCCUGGCUUCCCCGAGUUCUUGGCUCACCUGCACCCCAGCUGGACCCCAGAGGACAUGUUCAUACAGAGGUUCUGGGAGGACACUUUUGGGUGCACGUGGCCCCACAAGAAUGGCACAGUGGCAAGGGUUGUCCGGCUCUGCUCAGGGAACGAAAGUCUGCGAAGCCAGGAGUAUUCUUUCUGGAAAGUGAGUAAAGCGGACACCGCAUACACGGCCGUCUACAGCAUCGCCCACGCCCUGCAGGACCUGGUGGCCUGUGAGCCCUGUCUGCCUGAUGCCUUCAGUGAGGCCCAGUCCCUGACCUUCAGCAUGCUGCUGUUCUGCAGGGUCUGGAUAGCCUUGCCCCUGUACCACAGUGCCCGGGGCAAGUCCACUGUGGCCGUGGAGACCUUCUCCAUCCUGGCCUCCACUUCAGGGCUUCUGGGGGGAGUCUUCAUCCCCAAGUGCUACUUCAUCUUGCUGAGGCCUGAGCAGAACACCCUGGCCUGGCUGAGGCAAGGACACGGGGCUCAGCGGGAAAGGCAGGGUCAGGUGCCCUGGAGGAGGUGUUCCCGCAGGCCAGCUCCACGAAGCCUCUAG